AUGGUUUGGGCUAAAAUGAAGUUCCCUUUUGAAAAAAGGGUGAAGCUGGCUCAGAGUUUGUGGAUUAUUUCAUGGCUGGCUACUUUAGGUGGAGUGCUGACCUUCUGCUUUGGGUGCGUUCUGAAGACGGAACUUAACAAAAGAGCAGAGGUGAUGGACAACACAGAGAUCCAUGUCGUCCCCAACACCCUGAUCCUGGCAGGACUGGCCUCCAUGGUCAUCAACUGGUUCGCAGGUAGGAUCUGCCAGGACGCUCUGGAUGCCGCCCGUUUCCCACGAUGGAAGACCUUCCUGAAGCCCUACUACUGCUGUUCCAUCUUCUUCACCACCCUCAUGCUAGUUGGCGUCAUUCUGAGCUACACCAUGAAGGGCACUCUCGAGGGUGCGCUGAAAAUCGGUUUGAAGAACGGCAUCCGCUUUUACAAGGACACGGACACCCCGGGCCGCUGCUUCCAGAAGCAGACCAUCGACCAUUUACAGAUGGAGUUCCAGUGCUGUGGUAACAAUGACUUCAAGGACUGGUUUGAGGUGCAGUGGAUCAGUAACCGCUACCUGGACUACAGCUCCAAGGAAGUUAAAGACCGUGUCAAGAGUAACGUGGAUGGCCGUUACCUGGUGGACGGCGUGCCCUUCAGCUGCUGCAACCCAAGUUCCCCAAGGCCCUGCAUCCAGUACAAGCUUACCAACAACUCCGCCCACUACAAUUACGAGCACCAAACCGAGGAGCUCAACAUCUUUAUCCGUGGCUGCAGGGCGGCCCUGCUUGGGUACUACAUGAACCUGAUGAAGAGCUUUGGUGCCGUUGUUCUGUGUGUCUUCCUGCUUCAGAGCCUCGUCCUAGCAUGUCUAAGGUAUCUCCAGACCUCCAUGGAGGCAGCAGUUGGGCAGGAGAACACCGAGAUUGAAACAGAGGGCUACCUGCUGGAGAGAAGCGUGAAGGAGACAAUCAUGGAGUACUUGGACCCAGUGAUGAAACUCAUGCUGAUUAACCAGGUGCAAGACGGGCAGGUCAAGGCAGAGGCAGGGGCUGCUGGGACAUCAGCUUCUUAA